GAGAAAGUGCUUAAAUGGACAGGUGACAACAGCACCUGAACAGACCACAGUACAGCUUACUCAGCGAGCAGAAGCAUAACCAAUGGGAGACUUGACUCUUAAGUAUGUUAACCUGGAGCAGAAGGAGAACCAGCGUAGCCACCACACGGAGGACUUUGUGUCCGACAGCCUAGUGGUGCGCAGGGGCCAGCCCUUCAAGCUCAGCCUGCAGCUGGGGGACGCAGCAUUCCGACCUGGACAACACCGACUCAUCUUCCAGAUUCUAUUAGGUCGCCUGUAUGUCCAGGUUCCUGUUACUUACUCCAAGCCCCCGUCGCAGCCGGACUGGGGGGCCUACUACCAGCAGUCCCCUAGUGCGGGGGGGACCGCGGGGGGGACCAUGGAGGUGACCUUGUGCACCCCGGCCUCUGCCCCCGUGGGCCUGUAUAAGGUGCGGCUGCACGUGCUGUCCCACCUCUACCACCGAGUCUACAUCGUGGGGGAGAUCAGCCUGCUCUGCAACCCCUGGUGCCAAGAUGACGCCGUGUACCUGCCCCUGGACAGCCAGAAAGAGGAGUAUGUCCUGAACGACUUUGGUUUGUUGUACGUGGGAACACCUGGAAACGUAGCGUCCAGACCAUGGUCUUUUGACCAGUAUGAGUCAGAGAUCCUGCAGGUGUGUAUGGGGCUGCUGGAGGUGAGCCCUCAGCAUCAGCAGGACUGGAAGGAGGACUACCUGAACCGCUCUGACCCCGUCUACAUCAGCCGAGUAGUGACCGCCAUGAUUAACUCUCAGGAUGACCUGGGCGUUCUGAUGGGCAAGUGGUCUGGCAGCUAUGAUAACGGCAUGCACCCCACCAAGUGGUCGGGCAGUGGGGACAUCCUCAGGCAGUGGGCCAAAAGCAACUUCCGCCCGGUCAAGUACGGCCAGUGCUGGGUGUUUGCUGCCGUCAUGUGCACUGUAAUGCGGGUGCUGGGAAUCCCAUGUCGAGUGGUGACCAACUUCAACUCGGCCCAUGACACCAAUGCCAACCUGGUUAUUGAGGAAUACUACACCAUCAUGGGGGAGAAGCUGCCUGCCAGUAAGGACAGUAUCUGGAACUUCCACGUGUGGGUGGAGAGCUGGAUGAGGCGUGUGGAUCUGGGGAUGGGCUUUGACGGAUGGCAGGUGCUGGACCCAACCCCUCAGGAGAGGAGUGAUGGUAUAUUCCGGUGCGGCCCGGCGCCCGUGAGGGCCGUGCGCGACAAGCAGCUGAGCAUGGCGUACGACGUGCCGUUCGUCUUCGCCGAGAUGAACGCGGAGGUGCACACCUUCAUCGUGAGGAACGGCGAGUCCUUCCUGGUGGACACGGACUCGGACAGGGUCGGGGCACUCAUCUGCACCAAGGCCAUCGGCUCCAGCACCGCGAAAGACAUCACCGCCACAUACAAGGCUAAGGAGGAGGAGCAUGAACUUGAGCCCUUUCGGACCUCAAGAUCAAGAGGUCCCUCGCCAACACCGCAAGCCAUGCCCAUGAGCAUAAACACCGGUUGUUCUCAAUGCAGCUUCGGCGUGUCCCUGAAGUUCCACCACGUGCCCAAAGUGGGCGAUGACAUCCUCUUCACGGUGGUGGUAACCAAUCAGACGGGCGAGGUCAGGAGGCUGAGGGAGCAUGUCAACGCCCAGGUGAAGGAGUACAGCAACAGCCCAGCAGACACCUUCUGGCAGGACCACAGGGUCAUGGAGGUCGGCCCCCACCAAACUCUGGAGAUACCUCACCAGAUUCCUGAGCAUUUAUGUGCGUUCCUGACUGAGGACAACCUUGUGAACCUGGCUGUGGUGAUUGAGGAUGAAAGUAGCCAGGAGAGAGUGCUAGCCUACGAGGAGUUCAACCUCAUUAGCCCUGAGAUAGUCAUUGAGGUACAAAAUGAAGAGAACGUGCAGCUCCACAAGGAGCAUCAGGCCCAGCUGGUGUUCAGCAACCCGUUCAAGAUGCCCAUCGCUGGGGUGCUCAGCGUGGCAGGCUCAAGCCUCCUGGAGAGCCCGGUCCAAAUCAGGAUUCUCGCACUUCAGCCGGGUGAGACGAUGAAGAAGUCUAUCAGCUUCACCCCCAAGAGGAUGGGCCUCAAGAUGUUGCACUCCAGCCUGACUCUCAGCAACAUGGCCAUGGUCAUCCGCGGCUUCAAGACCAUCAAAGUCCAAGCUCAUCAGUAACUUGAGUUUAGCGUAUGGGUUUUUGCAGUAUGAAUGAGUGUAUUCUCAAGAGUGCACUACAGUGCGCCACUUUCCUAAUGAUGUUUUUUUGUGAUGAUUUAUGUUUUCUGGUAUAGCAUAAUGUGAAUGCAUCUCCCCAAAGCAGCACUUGAAGGUACAUCUGUUUUAUUUCUGGUAGUUAUUGUAGAAAGUAGAUGUACCUACUGCCACUUUUUUUGAACUAUUUAAACUAUUUAAUUUUGUAAAGAUGUGAUUUUUACAGUUGUAUUUAUGAAUUUUGUACUCUAAAUAAAAUUCAGAUAUUAAAUAA